AUGAAAAAAGUAAUCAAUGACUAUUCGCCAGCUUACAAAGAAAAAUUACUUGUCCCUCUGUACUUUGGUAAGAAAGGAGACAACUAUCUUGAAAUAAUUGAUCAACUAAAAAUUAAUAGUAAUUAAAAACUAGUCGUGUUAAAAUGGAUAGAUCAAGCUCAUUGGGAGUCUGAUAUCUUUUAUCAAGACAAGCAUUUUUCCUCCAAUUUAAAUCUAGAAGAAGCAAGGUCUGAAAUGAUAGAUGUUGAAUAAAUGCAAUUCAGUAUCUUUUUAUGGUAAGAUGGAGAAUAUGAAGAUAAGGUAAAAAGGAAGAUAGAAUAAGAUAUUUAUAGAUACUUAAAUUUAAUACCAGAUUGUGUGCAAUUUUUAUUACCACAACGCUUUUCAAGUGAUACACUUUAUAUAACACAAAAUAUUAGUGAUUGGUUAAAUUAAAUUUGUGAUGAAAGUACAUCAGGCUUAUGUUCUGGUUUAGCUAAUUGUAUUAAUCUCUAAAAUUUGUCACUUGAACUUAUUGGUAAUUAAAUUGGUGACAAAGGUGCAUCAGGCUUAGGUUCUGGUUUAGCAAAUUGCAUUAAUCUCUCAAAUUUGGCACUUGACCUUAGGUAAAAUCAGUUUAUUUGUUUUGGAUUGUGA